GCCGUCUCCAUUCAGUGCUUUACACAGUAUGGCCGGCGAUAUUAGCUAGCACUCGCUAACAGUAUUCUCUGAAAAAGGGAAGACGGUAACUCAAGAAAAUCAACACCUGGAUUGUUUAAAGGACUGUACCUCAAUAAAUUAUAACGGACCGAGGAAGGAUUAACCAAGUUGUAAACGUUACAACCGAAGUUUAAUAUUUGUUGUUGGGUGUCGGUUGUCUCAUGAUGGAGGAUAACGGUGCACAUUUCUUCGAGGGGACUGAGAAGCUGUUGGAAGUGUGGUUCUCUCGGCAGGAUGAGAGCAAAGGAACCGGCGACCUCCGUACCAUCCCAAGGUUUGAGUGGGACAAACUUUUGGAGACUGUGCAUUGUUUGAUCAUAAGUGUGACAAAGUCUGACAAGCAGGAAGCUUAUAUACUCAGUGAGAGUAGCAUGUUUGUCUCCAAGAGACGUUUCAUUUUGAAAACGUGCGGAACCACCCUCUUACUGCAAGCACUGGUGCCUCUGCUGGAACUCGCCAGGGAGUACUGCGGGUUUGAUGCCAUCGAGAAUUUCUUCUACUCCCGUAAGAACUUUAUGAAGCCAACCCAUCAAGAGUUCCCUCAUCGGAACUUCCAGGAGGAAGUGGACUUUCUUAGCCAGAUUUUCCCAAAUGGUGCAGCCUACUGUAUGGGACGUUUGAACUCUGACUGCUGGUACCUGUUUACCCUGGACUUACCAGAGUACUGGGAGAACAAGCUUGCGGAUCAGACGCUGGAAGUUCUGAUGAGUGACCUCGAUCCAGCCAUUAUGGACCAGUUCUAUAUGAAAGAUGGUGUUUCUGCAAGUGAUGUCACUCGUAUGAGUGGAAUUCGUGACCUGAUACCAGGUUCUGUGAUUGACGCCACAAUGUUCAACCCUUGUGGAUACUCAAUGAAUGGAAUGAAGACUGAUGGAGCAUACUGGACCAUCCACAUCACCCCGGAGCCAGAGUUCUCCUACGUCAGCUUCGAAACCAAUCUCUCCCAGACAUCGUACGAUGAUCUAAUCAGUAAGGUGGUGGAUGUGUUCAAGCCAGGGAAGUUUGUGACCACGCUUUUUGUCAAUCAGAGCUCCAAAUGUCGCAGUGUCUUUUCUCCGGCCCAGAAGGUGGAGGGCUACAAGCGCCUCGACCGCCAGCUGGCUCAAUUCAACGAUUACAAUUUUGUUUUCACCAGCUACGCCAAGAGCCGCGGGCAGAGCCAGCAGAGCUGAGGGUUGAGGAUGAAGAAGCGUAAAAAAAAAGGCGGUUGCGUGGGGCGCCCCCCCUGCGGCUGUCUUCAUCCCCCAGUAGAGAGCUUGUCCUCCUCCUCCCUCUUCCUCUCCCCCCCCUUCUGCUGCUGUCGUGGUUCAGGAUCUCUGGGUGCUGACGCGGUGGCAGGCCCUAGUUUAACCUCCAAUUUAACCUCCAAUUUGAGUUGUUUGCAUUGUUGUACCUGUGACUUAGAUCUCUUGCAUGAAAGCUCUUUUCUCUGUUUCGAUAUUCUAGCUCACUCUUGCUGUGAUCUUGAAGUGCAUGUAGAGGAAUUAAACACGCUCUGUUUGGGGCCGUCCACCUGUGCCCUGUCCAACAGACCCUUCCUGAAGGUCUCCCCCCUCAUACCCCACAGACAAGGCUUCCGCCCGCACUAGGCCGGAGCCCUGACAUGCUCAGACCUGUCUGCCUCUAAGCACCCAACACGACCAUAGCUCUCCACUUCACCUAUAGGUAUUUUUUAACUUUGAGUGCACUUUAAAAAGCUGUUUGCUUGUGGUACAAAAAAGAAGGCCAACCUUUAGUCUGAAUGUAUAAGUCAUAGUGAGCUUUUGGCCAUUUAAUGGUUGUCUGAUAGUCAGGACAUUUAAGAAGUCUUUCAAAACAAAUGCCAUAUUUGCUGUUUUAAUGUUGCAAUAUACGUCCAAGGGUUUGCGAUUGGUCAAUGUACUUCACCGAAGCUAAAGACUUCCUGCUUUGCUGGAAUUUGAAGCAUUCAGUAAAUUGUGCUUCCCCCACCCUGACAAUCAUGUAGUCAGUGUUUCCCAAAGAAGACUGGAAACGUUAUGAAUAAUUUAGACAUCACAUACACACUUUGUUUCAUCCAGGCUUCUUUAUUUACAGAAUACUGUAUCUAGAGGUAGCCUUUGGGUCUUAAACCUCCCCCUCCCCCCAAGUCAUAUUCAGCACAUUCACAUGACGUGUUAAAAGGAAAUGUUGAAACUGAAUGUAGCACAGCUGUGUAAAACACGUUUGUCCCUGUCUUUUUGAAUGUACACAUCUAGAGAAAAGCCCGGACCGGGUUUGAGCGAAAGUACACACACACACAGAUCAUAAUGCCCUGCUGCAGGUUAGGUCAGCUGGCCCCGGAGCCCUGACAGCUCUCAAAGGGAAAUAAUGAAUUGGAUACUUUUUGCUUAGUUGCCCAGCAAAGCAUUUUUCUUUUUCCCACAUAAUAUCCAUCCUCUCGGUCUCUUUCCGCCCCAUACAGAAAUCUGUAAGCGCACAAUAGAGGCCCACCAGUCUGAGCAUGCCAGGGUGAUCCCGGAUCAUUCCACAUUUAACCGCUGCAUAAACUGCCUUUUUAUUACAUUAAUUGUGCCCAGACAUUUUUUGCAGUGAAUUGGUCGAAAACGUGUCUCCCCAGCAGUUUUUUUUUUUGUUUGGAUCAAUGCCCUUUGUUUGUUGAGGGGGGAAAUCCUGUGAUACUAUGGUGCAUGUGACUAUAGUGGCGUGUUGCUUGACAGUGUAGCACAGCGCCAUCUCUUCCUCCUCUUUGUCAGUAGGUGUGGGCUUCACCUUUUCUUAUUUUACCAGCUGAAAGCAUUUCCUCAUGUGUUAGGAUAGGUGGUGUCAGGUCAACUUGUAUUGUUCUUAUGUUAAGUGCUGAAUGCAGGUUAGGUUAAUUAUGACUGGUCUUCUCCACCUGCCGUUCUCUUCAGUGGUGUUCACAAUGCUUCUCCUGCCAGAGAAUGCAAUUUGAGCUGGAGAAGACAAGCCCAGAUCCUAACCUGCUUUCAGCUGCAAUCCAUCUGAUCUUUGGGGGUUUGUCUGGUGAUUGCAUCAGCAGACAACAGCAGUCAUCUCAUGGAUCCUCUGAGCCAGUUGGACCAGUUAAUGUGAGGGCGAGCAGAGGGGUUGUCUCCUGGAAUAGUUUCCCUCGGAGUUGUCCAUCAUGGCUUUUGAAUUGGUUUCAUUGUUUUGAUGAGGACCAAUCUCUGCUGUCUAAUGACUGAGGUGAUCUGCUAUGAUGUUCCGGGUCCUUUUAUGAAGUCACAUAUUUAGGGAUUUAGACUGUUCAUAAGUACUGAAGCGGUUUGAUGCUAACUGUUCUUGGAUUAAGUACAUUUUAGCCUUGUUGGUGUGGAUCAGUAUGCUAUUGUUUUAUUUUUUUAUACAGUGAACUCAAAAUGCAUUUUUGCAGUUGAAUGGUUAUAGAAUUUUAUACAAAAAAUAUUUUGUAUUUUUGAUGCGGACCAAUCUUUUUUUUUUCUCUUCCCCUUUUGUCCAAAUGUUUGUUUUUGUCGUGAAAGCAGUUUUUUCUGAAGUUAUGGAGGAAUAAACGAUGAUCUGUAAUUUCCCACUUCCAUUCCUCUGAAUCUCUCUGUAGAGGGGAGGGGGGGGGUCCUCCACAGGGUCAGAGAGGGUGCAGUUGCAGGAUGUACUGAAGGAGAAACUUGGCUGUUCUAAUUCUUUCUUUUGCUUUUCUUUGGAUGGUCAAGAUGUGCUAAAUAUAUCUGUGCUAUGAGCUUGAUGCUUCAAUAAAAAGAAACCUAUCUGUGCA